CACAGAGGAAGGAGGAGGGCUUACUUGAUGCUAUAACUAUGAAGUAAACAAAGUGUAGAUAUCAUUUCACCAACUGUUAGGAUGGAGGAAACAUCUGUACUGCAGAUGCUCUUUCUGACCUCACUGCUGAGCAGCACAACAAACCAAGUCUCUCUGACUGUGAGUCCCAGCAGCUCUCAGAUGUUUGAAGAUGAAUCUGUCUCUCUGAGAUGUGAGGAGGACGACAGCUCUGCUGGAUGGACUCUGAGGAGGAACACAACCAGAGAAACUCAGUGUGGAGAUGGCUGGGGAAGACCUGCUGGUUCUUCCUGUAACAUCAACUACAUGGUCCCAGGGGACAGUGGAGUUUACUGGUGUGAGUCCAGAGAGGGAGCAACCAGUAACAGCAUCACCAUCACUGUCACUGGUGGACCAGUGAUCCUGCAGAGUCCUGUCCUCCCUGUGAUGGAGGGAGAAGACCUCACUCUGACCUGUAAAACAAAGAUGUCCUCCAACCUCCCAGCUGGUUUCUAUAAAGAUGGCUCCUUCAUCAGGACUGAGCCUGCAGGUCACAUGACCAUCCACCAUGUUUCCAGGUCUGAUGAAGGCCUCUACAAGUGCAACAUCAGCAGUGUUGGAGAGUCUCCACCCAGCUGGGUCUCUGUCCCAGGUGAGGAGGUUACCUUUGAUUUCAGGAGUUCAUUCAUCCAGAUAUUCACCUGACAGCUGACUAUCUCUACAGGGAAACAUACAACCACAGCCCUUCUUUGAACUCUCUGCCGCCUCCGACCUCAGACCGGCUCCACCUUAUGGUCAGACUGGUCUACCACCUGGUGGUGUUCUGUCCGUAAUGCAUCUCCACUUUCAUCAUGGUGUCUUUAUAUCAACACAGGGCUAGCAAUUGACACUGCGAAUCAUUCACUGACCUUACAAUCAAUCAAUUGAUGCAACCUGUUCUCACUCCCAACUCGUCUACAUGCUGACCCUUGGUCAGUGAUUCUCAGCAUCUGAUUACGACACACAAGGCUUCCUACAGCGUCUGUAUGGGACGAACUGGGCAGAGCAGCAGCUCAACCACCGAGCUGACCGAAAAUCAGCACACAGGUUAGAUUGGUGGAUGGGUAAAACAAACACAGGACUUUCACCCAGAGCAUAAAAACAUGACGCAAAGGUCUACCCAGAGCGUCAUAUUUUGCCGUGGGAUUACAUUGAAAUUAGUUGAAAGUCUUGAGUCUGAGAUGCUAUUGACUUUAUGCAUCAGUAACUAACACCAAAGACACCUGACCAAGCAUACAUUUUUGACAAUCUGUGAGUGUGUCACUAAAUCAAUCAAUAUCACACUACCUCUCUGGGGUUGAGUUGUCUCUAACAGAAUUCUACAUUUUCAUUUCUUUUUAACCUGCUCUGACUGUAGGAAAUGGCCUACCUGUCGGUUCUUUCUGACCUCACCGCUGAGCAGCGCAACAAACCAAGCCAAAGGCAGUGAUUGUCCCAUCAACUAGUUGUAUAUCUACUACUUCCUCUUCCUCCCUCCAGUCUCUCUGACUGUGAGUCCCAGCAGCUGUCAGAUGUUUGAAGGACAGCCUGUCUC